GCGCGUGUAAGGGAGGCCGGAGGCGACGACGACGGCGCCGGCGUCGGAGAAGAAGAAGCAGACAACUCUCGUAUAUGUCUUCUUGCCCCUUUUCCGAUCUGGUGGUCGUAGCGCUCAUCAUCGCCGUCUUCGCCGUCAUCCUCCGCGCCCUCGCUUGCUCUGGCCGAUCUAUGCGCAAGGGGCUCAACGGCUGGAACAAAUCCUCGUCGAUGCUCAGGGACGGGUUCGGGGUGAAGUAUUCCGGAUUCCUCCACAUAAGGCCGUGCGGCUUCUGUAGAGGAGAUUGACGGAUUCGGCCGAUUUGCGCUCGUCUCCGUCAUUUUUUUUGCACCCAGAGUUUCUUGUUUUUCUUUAGAAGUUUUCCCCCAUAGUUUUUGGCAAUUUUGGCGACAAGUUUUGGAGUUCUCCCCGUCGGAAGAGAUAGAAGAGAGAUGUCUCCGUUGAACCAGCAACAGGUUCUCCUCAAGAAGGCCCUGGCGAAGAAGCCCAACGCUAAGAAGAUGUCUGAGUUUGGCCUUAAACCCUCUGCUGCCCUCUUGAAGUCCCGGACGCAGCAGCUGCCGGCGCCGGUCCAGCCGAGGCGCCGCGUCCGUGUCCUAUUUGAGGACCCCGACGCCACGGACUCGGACUCCGACUCGGACGACGAGGAGGCCGGCGGCACCCCAUCAAGGACCAAGCGCUUCUCUUUUGAGGCCUUCAUCGGCAAGGCCCCAGCCAAGCCGGUUCUCCCGGCGGCGGCCGCUGUCGCCGCGUGCACCAGCGGCGGGGCGCCGGAGCGCUACCGCGGAGUGAGGCUCCGCAAGUGGGGCAAGUGGGCGGCGGAGAUCCGCAACCCGUUCACCGGCAAGAGGCAGUGGCUUGGCACCUUCGACACCGCUGGCGCGGCCUCCGCGGCCUACCUGUCCGCCUCCCGGAGCUUCGCCGACGAGAAGCGGCGCCGCCGCGGGCUGCCCGUGGCCGCGUCCUCAGCAGACACUCCGGCAAGCGGCAGCACCCCGACGGCUUCCUCCUCGUCGUCCGCCUCGACCGCUCCAUUCGCGCACCCGUCGCCGUCGUCCGUGCUUGAACCGAGCAAGGAAGCGCGGAACACGCAGUCCCCAGAGGCGACGCCCGCCCGGCCGUCGACCGACUCAGCGCAGCUGCCGGAGGACCCAGAGUUCUACCAGGACCUUCUGCGCGGCCUGCAGCUGCCCGACAUCGACCCGCUGGACUUCCGCGCCGGGCUGGACGCUCUGGAUCUCUCCGAUGCGGACUUCGGCCUGGACGACGAACAUGACCUCCUGCUCGGGGACUUCGGGGACGAGGAGAUGGAGAUCGACCUCGACCUCGACGACAUCAACGACGUCUUCCCGGAGAUGCCCGGCUGCGACCUCGGCCGCGGCAUGGACGACUUCCUGCAAACCGUUGAUUUCUGCGUGUGAAUUAAAAGGGAGUGUGCCCUUGAUAUGUUAGGGUUGUUUGGUUUCAUAAACGAGCCCCUGAGAGUGUGCUUGGAAAGGGGAGAUGAGAUAUCUUGGGUUUUUUCCCCGGGCAAGUUGGAUCUGCUCGUGCCCAGGAGAUUUCCUCUUUGCCGAACACACCACCAUUAGCGGCCGGAGAGAAGAGGUAAUUUUGGUAGGUUAUAUUAUGUUUAAGGUUUAAGGUAUAGUGCCUAAGUGUUUGCUUUGUUAUUUGGUAAUUGGUAAUGCUUGUCAAAGACAUUGUAGUGGACAAGUUCAUUGAGCUGUUACUAUUAAGCAAUGAAAGGGAAAAAAAUAAGUUUCGUGG